CGCUGCAUCCAGCGCAUGACUGGAGCCACCCUGCAGCAUGGCGGAACAGGAAGGCCACGCAAUAGUCCGCCGAACGACAGUGGAGCGGAGAGUGCUGAUCGGUCGGGCGCGAAGGAUGCCUCCACGCGCUCGCCUACUGCCAUCUCUCAUCAGCCUCAAGGGCUACAUAUGGGGCGCAUCCUGACGCCCUCCUUGUGAGAUGGAAUAUCUCACAGCCUCAUCCUGUGCGACGUACAAUAGAGUCACGCAUACCCGCGCCAUGGCGUCUAUGUCCUGCUUGUACAGUCAUAUAUUGAACAGGCGUCCCAGAUUCAGCAACACUACCUCAAGCUUCUGUUCUCUAAUCAUUGCAGCUCCACACACAAGGAAAUCGUGAAAGCUGAUAGAUUACACAAGGUCUUGGCAGAUAUCUGUAUGAGCCCACGCCGGGGAACUUUCCGCGUGGUAGGCACAUCGACACCUGCUUUCAUUCCCGCCAUAGGCUAGAAGCCCUGAUCAGACAGCCUACUUGGAUAUACGGCACAAGUCAAAAAUGGAGCAUCGACACUCUGUCGCCGACCAGGCAGCAAGACACCAACCGAGAAUGCCCAAGAAAUUGAUCAUCUGUUGUGAUGGAACCUGGAUGGACAGAGACAACGGCUACAAGAAUGGGAAACUUCAGAAUCCUUCCAACGUGACGCGCAUAGCACGAGCGAUGAUGUCCGAAGAUGAUGCCAAGCAUCCUCAAAUCGUCUACUAUCAAUCCGGUAUUGGAACUGGCAUUGGCCUAUACGACCAGAUGGUUGGAGGCGGCACUGGCUUAGGCCUGAGCGAAGCAUUACGCGAAGCCUACGGGUUCCUGGGCACCAACUAUUCCGAAGACGAUCAUCUCAGCGGGCCUGAUUCCAUAUUCCUGAUCGGCUUUUCGCGUGGUGCUUUCACCGCUCGCAGUCUAGGCGGAUUCAUCACCGCAGUUGGCAUCCUCACGAGGAAAGCCAUGCCGUUCUUCUACGAAUGUUUUCUUGAUUGGGAGAAUGUUGGCCGAGAAGGCUAUGUGCCAAGAUUCUUUGACGCUUAUUGCGCUGCACACCCUGAGGACGAAUUGGACCCGAGACUGAAUCAGCCUGAUCCAGCGAUAGCAAGGUCUAAGAAGCCUCGUGCUAUUGAUGGAUAUAUGGAACAGUACAAGAAGCACCUUCUUGCUCUCGGCCUUACACAAGACGCCAAAAUCAAAUGCAUCGGAGUCUGGGAUACAGUGGGAGCGCUCGGUAUCCCGGUAAAUCCUUUGAUACAACGGACCCUGGGGAUGCCUGCUUUCAUCAAGGAAUAUAGGUGGUACGACACAAGGCUGAACGACUCUGUGGAGAAUGCUUUCCAUGCGCUGGCUUUAGACGAACACCGAUUCCCAUUCUCGCCCGCAGUGUGGGAGCUUGAUGAAGGAGGAAAGACUCGCAUGAAGCAGGUAUGGUUUCCGGGCGCACAUUCGAAUGUUGGAGGCUCGUACGACGACUACGGAAUCGCAAACAUCACUCUGGCCUGGAUGAUGGACCAGUUGAGCGGCAAUACACGCGAUCCGAGCAAGAAGUUCGAUCCUCUCGACUGGAUCAAAUUCGAUGACGAGUUCAUCGACUCAUGUUUCCGCCAGACGAGCAACUACUACACCACAGCGAGAGCUGGCGACGAUUACAAAGGUUGGGCAAUGGGGAAAGUAUACGAUAGCAACACUUUCCCUCAAAGCCUUACUGGCGCCAAAGUGCGCACUCCUGGUCGUUACGAGAAGACGAAUUACGACACCGGCAAAGAGACCGGGCAGCCUCUUCAACACACCAACGAGUACAUCCACUCCUCCGUACGAGCACGAAUAGACCUUGCAGGCCGCGGCGUCGAAGCUCAAGUCUGGUAUCAACGUAUCAUAUCUAUCAUCUACCGCCUCAUCACAUUCUCCAAAGCCGCGAAGCUAUACAACCCUCAACGCGCACGGGGGUGGAUCGCAGCAGGAGGCCCGCUGAUAGGUUGGAAUCUGAUUGAUGGCCAUGCUUCACAUGCCGAGCCUAACAUGUCGAUCGACAUGUCACCUGGCGGAAUAAAAGAAGUGCACUGGGAGUACAAGGGAAAGGGCGACAGUAGCGCGCAGAAGAUGAAAGAGGACGUCUUUGCUGAGAGGGGAUAUGAAGAAAGAUUGUUGUUGCAUGAUCAGGAAGUGGCGAACAAGAUCAUCUAUUCUAAUAAUAAGUGGCAGUGGUUCAAGAAGCCGAAGCCGGCGUGGCAUUUGUCGAAGACGUUUUGAAGACAUGACUGACUUGCAUAGCGAAGCAUAAUUCAUGCAGUACAUCGUAUCUAGCGACCAAAAGAAACUCAGCGAGAGUUGCCUUCCCA